AUGGCAUUAGCUGAUAUUUUACACAAGACAGUUACAGGUACAUUGUUUGCUGUUACCAUUGUAGGUUGUGCUUACAUUGGUGUAGGAUCUUAUGAUUUACUUCAACGUAGAAAGGCAAGACAAGUACAACAACAAAAGGAAGUUGAUGAAUUUAUGGAAGUUAAAUCAAGACAAGCCAAUUUAAUCAGACAACAAAAAGAACAAGAUGAUGAUUAG